AUGGGUUCCUUCACUAAAGAGCAAGUUGCAAAACAUAAUACUGACAAGGAUUGUUGGCUCAUCAUCAACGGUGAUGUCGUCGAUGUGAGCAAGUACCAGAAUGAGCAUCCCGGGGGCGCCUUGGCCCUCAACGCCUUCGCCGGUACUGACUGUUCGCUAGAGUACAACACCGUUCAUGAGAAGGAGUUGAUGCAGCAGCAUAAGGACCUUGUCGUUGGCAAGCUUUCUGACGGUUUCACUAAGGAGCAGGUGGCCAAGCACGACAAGGAUGAUGAUUGCUGGGUCAUUAUAAAUGGUCAAGUCUUUGAUCUCACCAAGUACCAGAAUGAGCAUCCUGGUGGAGCUCUGUCAAUCAACGCUUUCGCUGGCGGUGAUUGCUCGUUGGAGUUCAACACUGUCCACGAGAAGGAGUUGUUGAAGGAUUAUCAGCAGUAUGUUGUUGGAAGUCUGGUUGACUCUAUCCCUAUGGCCCAGGUCGCUCAGCACAAUACUGAUGAUGAUUGCUGGAUUGUUAUCGAUGGGAAGGUCUAUGAUGUUACUAACUAUGAGAAGGAGCAUCCCGGUGGAGUCAUGGCUUUAACUGCUUUUGCUGGUACCGAUUGCUCUCUCGAAUUCAACACAUGUCACGAGAAAUCUGUUCUCGAGGAGAUUGGCUCUAAGUACCUCGUUGGCGAUCUCAAGUCGAAGGCUAAGAAGAGCACUGCUCCUUCUGCUGGAGCUAAGAGGCUCACUAUGGACGAGGUGGCCAAGCAUAACACCAAGGAUGAUUGCUGGGUUGUUGUUAACGGUUAUGUCAUGGACGUGACCAAAUUCUUGCCUGAGCACCCUGGUGGAUCUGCAGCUAUUGUGAAGUACGCUGGUAAGGAUGCUUCCAAUACGUUCAACGCGAUACAUCGUCCUGAGGUGCUCCAGCAAUAUGGUAGCAAGUACAUCAUCGGCAAGCUUGGCGACACUAUGAGCGGUUCCGGUAGUGCUGGUCCGGCCUUGACCAUGGAAGAGGUUGCUAAGCAUACCACUGAGGAUGACUGUUGGAUUGUGAUCAACGGUAAUGUCUACAAUGUUACCAAGUGGUUGCCCAAGCAUCCUGGUGGAAAGGAUAUCAUCUUGCAGAACGCUGGUCAGGAUGCUUCCGAUGAGUGGAAUCCCAUUCAUCCUAAGGGAACAUUGGAGAAGUUCGGUAAGCCCUAUUUGCUCGGACCUGUUGGCUCUGGUGGUGUGGCAGCUGCAUCUAGCACUCCUGCUCUAACUAUGGAGGAGGUUGCUAAGCACACUGCCAAGGAUGACUGCUGGGUCGUUAUCAAUGGUAACGUUUACAAUGUUACCGACUGGCUUCCCAAGCAUCCUGGUGGACCCGAGAUCAUCUUGCAGCACGCUGGUGAGGACGCCUCUGAUGACUGGAAUCCCAUUCAUCCUGAGGGUACCCUGGAGAAGUUCGGCAAGCCCUAUUUGCUCGGAGCUGUUGGCUCUGGUGGUGUCUCUGCUUGUCCUGUCGCUGCUCCUGCAUCAGCGGGCUACACUGAGGAGGAAGUUGCUAAGCAUAACACCAAGGAUGAUUGCUGGAUCAUUGUCAACGGCAUGGUCUACAAUGUCACCGACUGGCUACCUAAGCAUCCUGGUGGAGAGGCUGUUAUCAUGCAAUACGCUGGUAAGGACGCCUCGGACGAGUGGAACAUGAUUCACCCCGCUGGCACUAUGGAGAAGUAUGGCAAGCCUUACGAGCUCGGUUCUCUUGGUUCUGGAUCUGCUCCUGCGGCUGCUGCUGGCGCUCCUGCUAGUGGAAUUGUCCUAAGUGCUGAGGAGGUUGCCAAGCAUAACACUGAGAAGGACUGUUGGAUGAUCAUUGAUGGUGGCGUCUACGACCUCACUGACUGGUUGCCUAUCCAUCCUGGUGGAGCUGCUGCUAUUAUGGCUUACGCUGGCAAGGACGGUUCCACGCAGUAUAACAUGAUCCAUGACGAUAAGACUCUCGGUACCAUUGGUAAAAAGUACUAUUUAGGUGCCGUUGGUUCCGUCAUGGGUGGUGCGUCUUCUGCUACUGCUACUACUGCUGCUGUGUCUAAUGACCUGAGUGCUCCUCUCCUUGCAAGCGAGCAAUGGUGGGGUCCCGACAGGAACACAGCUAAGCGAUAUGGUCCUCUCGGUCCUGCUAUGGGUUACUCAGUGUACGAGUGGUGUGCUGCUAUCUGCUAUUUCGUAUGGCUCUUCCUCUACGAAGUAUUCGCCACCAUCUUCUCUGUGAAGAACUUCAAAAAACCCUAUGACAAAUCAGGUGUCACUCGUUCUGCCAUGUUCAUGUGUGUAUUUGUCGUCAUCCAUGCCCUUGGCAAUAUCCAUCUCUUCUUCGGUGCGGUCCACUUCAACGCUUAUGCGUACUUCCUCAACCACCCGGUUGCAUGGAGUACGUUGAUGCUUCCUGUUGAGAUCUACCUCUUGCUUUGUGGUCUCAUGCAUGUUGUUGUUGCAUUGAUGAGAACCUUCAAGUUCAAGAACAUUCACAUGCCUCUUGACCAACUGUGGAUGCCUAUCACUGGUAUUUUCCUUCUCAUUUUCCUGAUUGUGCAUCUUGCCCAGUUGAGGUUCGUACGUGAGUCUCAUGCUCCUGUAUACAGAUUCCGUGCGAAGUGGAUGUAUCCAUUCUACUGUGCUCCGGACGAUACCUUUUGUUCGGUUGUGGAGUUCAAGGAUCUCUACCUCAUGACUAAGGAAAUGUUCACCAGCCUCGGUUGGGUGAUCUUCUACCUUGUCGGUAUCUGUUUCUUCAUUGCACAUCUUGGAGAAGGAUUGCAGAAGGUUAUCAUGAUGCAUCAUGUGAUUCCCCGUUCCCAGAAGCAUCGCGUGACAGUGUUAGGAUUGUUGUUAACCUAUAUCGUCGGUUUAUUGUAUCUGUCUUACCCCAUUUUCUGUUACUUCACCCCGGUCAAGAAUUUGUCGGCAUAUGAAGCCGCUCAGCCUGCCGCUGUUACUGUUUCGGAAUAGAUGAGGAACAUUUGAAGAUACUUCAUUCAUUGAAUCAUUUCCUGCCGAGUCGGCAGUGCCGAGUAGCUGCUCUUUAACAGAAUUGUUAAUGUUUCUUGCGGCAUAUCCAGCGCCUGAAUACGCGCAUUUUCAUCGGCAUUCUCCUGAGUAAUUUCCUGAUGUCUAAUCAGAAAGUUAUUUCAUUCCAACUACACGCGAAUA